AUGUCUUUCUUCAAAUUCAAGGAUUACAUAGAGGAGGGAGACUUGGUUCUCGCCUUCAUUAGCAGAGGAACCAUCAAGCCAAUUACCGUCACAAAAGGAGCAUUGUUAAACACCAGAUAUGGACACUACGAGCAUGACAAAAUGAUCGGGUUGAAAUAUGGAGAACAAAUGGGAGGAGAAAAAGGGUAUGGGUUCAUCCACUUGUUACACCCAACACCUGAGAUGUGGACUCUUUCGUUGCCCCAUCGGACUCAGAUCGUUUACACCCCCGACUCAUCCUAUAUCAUGCAAAGGUUGGGAGUUACCAGUGGAUCAAGAAUCAUAGAAGCUGGUACCGGAUCAGCAUCAUUUUCCCAUUCUUUCGCCAGAGCCAUUGGUUUGGAUGGGCGCUUGUUCACCUACGAAUUCCAUGAGCCCCGUUACUUGGAGGCGAAGAAGGAAUUGGAAGGCCACGGUUUGGUCAACACUCAUAUCACCCAUCGUGACGUAUGCAAUGACGGUUUCGAAAUAGAAGUGCCUGCAAACUUUGGAACUGAAGUUAAUGGUGAUGUAGUUUUCCUCGAUCUUCCAUCUCCCUGGACUGCCAUUCCACAUCUCCCUAAGGUCAUCUCCAAAGUGCGCCAAGUGGGUAUAUGUUGCUUCUCCCCAUGCAUAGAGCAAGUGGCCAAGACUGUGGAAGCAUUGCAGCAGAAUGGCUGGACCAAUAUUGAGAUGGUGGAAGUGGCUGGUAGACGUUGGGAAGCCAGAAAGGACAUGGUCAGAGACAUCAAAGAUGUCGUCAAAAGAUUGAAGGACAUACAGUCGAGAAAGAACCAGGGAAUCGAAAACAGAAGACACGCCAAAGUUAUUGGUGAGAAGAGGGACCAUUCAGAAGUGCUGCCCGAACCAAGUGAGUCUUCAAAGGUCCAAAACACAGGCAAGGGCUUCAAUCCAUUCGGAAAAGGUAUCAGAAUCAGAGAGGGUGACGAGCAGUUCCAGUGGAGAAACGUCACCAAGAUCGAAACCGAAGUCAAGAGUCACACCUCCUACUUGACUUUUGCAUACAUGCUACCAGAACGUGUAGAGUAA